AUGAGGCAAAGCAUCCUCCCCACGCUCGCUCUGGCGUCUUUGGCCGCAUCCGAGUACGUGUGGCCGUCUCCCUACGAUGAGAUCGAGGACCACCUCUCGCUGCAAAGCGGCUACCUGCGUCGAGGUUUUAUUGAUGGCGUCAUGAACUGUGGCUUUGGCACCAAUGUUCAGGGCCGCCAGAACUCGGCCGAGUGGAUCCGGGCCGCCUUUCACGAUAUGGCAACGCACGAUGCCGACGCUGGCACUGGCGGCCUCGAUGCCUCCAUCUUCUUUGAGCUGGACCGACCAGAAAACCCAGGCGGCGCCUUUAACAACACGUUUGCCUUCUUCAGCAGCUUCUACUCUGCCAGAGCAUCCGCCUCGGACCUACUUGCCAUGAGUGCCGUCGUGGCCAGCUUCUCAUGCAACGGGCUCAAGAUCCCGUUCCGCGCCGGACGUAUUGACGCCCAAGAGGCCGGAGCUGCCGGCGUCCCUGAACCCAGCACCGACCUCAACACGACUCAGCAGACAUUCACCAAGGCUGGAUUCUCUACUGAGGAUAUGAUUACCAUGGUUGCUUGUGGGCAUAGCCUCGGUGGUGUGCACAGCACAGACUUCCCUGAGAUCGUGGGUGUCGAGGCGGACCCCAACAACGACACCGUUGCGCACUUCGACACCGAGUUUGCCGACUUCGACAAUGGCGUCGUGACUGAGUACCUUAGCGGGACAACGAAGAAUCCGCUGGUGGCUGGAACAAAUGACACCUUGAACUCGGACAAGCGCAUCUUCGGUGCUGACGGCAAUGCUACCAUGGCCAAGCUGGCCGAUCCCGCCACCUUUCAGACAAUGUGCGCCGACAUUUUCACUCGCAUGAUCGACACGGUCCCCGUCAGCGUUAACCUCACCGAGCCACUCGAGGCAACCGACAUCAAGCCCUAUAUCGAAGGACUGUCCCUCAACGCCGAUGGAAAGCUAGAGUUCAGCGGCCGCAUCCGCGUCCGCACGACCUCCGGAUCAGGUCGUGACCCUCAAGACCUGGCGGUCCAGCUGACUUAUGCCGACCGCAUGGGAAACACAAAUAACUCAACAGUCAUCCCGACCAAGAUGGCCACCUUCCAGGGCGGUUCCUCCUCCGGCCUGUGGGGCGAGAACUUCAAGUGGUUCGAGUUCAGCGCGACCCUCGACGCCGGCGCGGGGAUCAGCAAGUUCUACAUCGACGUCACGAAGCCCUCAAGGAGCGAGAAGGUCACCUACGACAACGCGGGCGGCGGCUACCCCAUGAGCGACGCGCUGCUGUACGAGCAGUCCCAGUCCUGCCUCGACACCAACGCGCAGGCCGGCGGCAAGUUCCCGCUCUCGGUGGUCGCCCUCGUCCGGAAGGACAAGGCGCCCGCGGACGGCGGUCUGACGCUCGACCUCGUGCACAAGGUCGCGCGCCAGGGCGUCAUUGUCCCCCAGCUGGUGACCAGGCCGUUCGCGUUCAAGCCUACGGGCGAGGACAGGAGCCAGUGGUCCGUCUAUAAGGCUAGCGCGCAGCUUGAGGUGGACAGCUGGAGCACGAGCUUUGAUAUCAAGCUGGCUGGGGACGAGGCCCACGAGGUCGCUUUCCAGAAGACGGGCUCGCUGACCGGGAACACCUGCGCGUAG